AUGUUCCGUCUCUUCAGUCAAACCAGGCGCUGUUUGCAAGUGAAGCGAGCGCUGCAGAGACAGGAGGGGCCCCUUCGGCCAGCACACCUCACAGCUGCCGCACAGCAGGCCAGUUUCUCCACCGCCUCUGUGGAGCACUUGUCUCAGUCGGACUCAUGGCCGAAGGACGUGGGCAUUCUCGCGCUGGAGGUUUACUUCCCUUCGCAGUACAUAGAACAAGUGGAGCUGGAGAAGUAUGAUGGCGUGGAAGCCGGGAAGUACACCCUGGGCCUGGGCCAGAAGCAGAUGGGCUUCUGCUCAGCCCACGAGGACAUUAACUCCCUAUGCCUGACCGUGGUGCAGCGCCUUGUGGAACGCAGCCGUCUCUCCUGGGACUCCAUUGGCCGGCUGGAGGUCGGCACGGAGACCAUCAUUGACAAGUCCAAGGCCGUCAAGACAGUCCUAAUGCAGCUCUUCCAGGACUCGGGGAACACGGACGUCGAAGGCAUCGACACCACCAACGCCUGCUAUGGAGGCACAGCCUCCCUCUUCAACUCUGUUGACUGGGUGGAAUCCAGCUCCUGGGAUGGGCGCUAUGCAAUGGUGGUCUGUGGUGACAUUGCAGUCUAUGCCACUGGCAAUGCCCGUCCCACGGGAGGGGCAGGAGCUGUAGCAAUGCUGGUUGGACCAGAGGCCCCUCUGGUGCUAGAGAGAGGUGUUCGGGGAACCCACAUGGAACAUGUAUAUGAUUUCUACAAACCAGACAUGGCUUCAGAGUAUCCCAUGGUGGAUGGGAAACUCUCUAUCCAGUGCUAUUUCCGGGCCCUGGAUCAAUGCUAUUCUGUCUACCGCAAGAAAAUCCAGAGCCAGUGGCAGAAAGUGGGGGUGGACAAACCUUUUACCCUGGAAGACUUCCAGUUCAUGAUCUUCCACACGCCCUUCUGCAAACUGGUGCAGAAGUCUGUGGGGCGAAUGAUGCUCAACGACUUCCUAGCAGCUCCCAACCCUGACACGCAGAGCGGCCUCUACAAAGGGCUGCAGGCCUUCAGGGGGGUGAAGCUGGAAGACACCUACUCUGACAAGGACGUGGAGAAGGCCUUUCAGAAAGCUAGCCUGGAAAUGUUCAACCAGAAAACCAAGCCCUCGCUGCUCCUCUCCUCUCGCAACGGCAACAUGUACACCCCGUCCAUGUAUGGCUGCCUCGCCUCCCUCCUCGCACAAUACUCUGCUCAGCAGCUGGCUGGCUCCAGGAUUGGGGCCUUCUCCUAUGGCUCGGGAUUGGCUGCAAGCUUGUUUUCCAUGCGCGUCUCGCAGGAUACUGCCCCGGGUUCUCCCCUGGAUAAGCUGGUCUCCAGCCUCUCUGACCUGCAGACUCGCCUGGAUGCCCGGAAGCGUGUCCCCCCGGAGGAGUUUGCAGAGAUCAUGAAGCAGAGAGAGGAAAGCCAUCACCUGGUGAACCACACUCCCCAGGGCUCUAAAGACGACCUGUUCCCUGGCACCUGGUACCUGGAGCGAGUUGAUGACAAACAUCGCCGGCAGUAUGCCAGGAGGCCACUCUAG